AUGGUAGUGGGAACUUUUUUCGUUGUUGUAUCCUUGAUAGGGUUAAUUGGAACAAUAUGCAAGGUCACAUUUCUUCUGGGAAUAUAUUCCUUUUUCGCAUUCCUGUGGAUCCUUGGCCUCAUUUCUUUCACGUUUUUCCUGCUACUUGUUACCAAUAAUGGGGCUUCUGAGAAGUUAUCCAGGAUACGAUUUAGGGAGUACAGGUUUGGGGAUUAUUCGCAUUGGUUGCGGGAACAGUUUGCAAAUGGGAGGAAUUGGAAUAAUAUUCAAAGCUGUAUGGUUUAUACUCAUGCUUGUAGCAAUCCUCAUACCUAUCACGAUCUCAAGGCGAAGGACUUUUACAAGAAGAAACUGUCUCCUAUAGAGUCUGGCUGCUGCAAGCCUCCAAUAUAUUGUGGAUUCGAAAGCAAGAAUGCGACAUUCUGGGUCAUGCCCGAAUCUGGGCCAGAAGUGCCAGAUAGCGAUUGCACUACGUGGAGCAAUGAGCAGGACAAGCUUUGCUACAAUUGCAAGUCAUGCAGGGUUGGAGUUUUGGCAAGCAUUAGGCUGGUAUGGAGAAAUUUUGCUAAACUAAUGUGCCUCCAAAUUGUCCUCAUGACUAUGAUCUAUUGCAUUAGUGGCUUCACCAGGAAGAACAUUCAAAUGGAUAAUUCCAUAUACAGUAGAGUGUGA